AUGGACUCCGAGAUCGACUUGGGCAACACCUACCUCUACCACCAACUAGACGAGUACCCCUGGGAUACCGAUGAAGAAUUCCAAGGCGGUCUCAGCGCCAUCCUCGGCAGCGUUCAGGAUCCCGCUCAAGUCGAGCAUCUAACCCUACGAGCAAAAUGCUACUACUUCGCGCGGAAAUCCGGGACGCCCGUGGACUUUGACGGCUACAAGGCCUGGAUUGAGACUCAACGAGGGGUUGCAUCGGCGAACGGAACCUACGACACUUUGUUCGAAGCUCAACCGCAGGCCGCCGGAGAGAGUGCUGGUGGCGAUGCGUCUGGCGGUAUGAGCGACGCGCCUAAGCCUGCUUCUUUCGCGGAGAUCUGCGCGCUCAUCCAGGAAGGCAAGCCCAUACCUGGAAUCAAAGAGAUCCCGGACACGGUGCUCGAAGGGCAAGCGAGCGAGAGCCAAACCGAGAAACGCAGGAAGCCGUGGGAGAAGGCCACGGAGGGUGGUGCGGACGAGCAGAAGCCGAGCUGGAUGAGCUGA